AUGACUUCUCGAUGGUGGCAUUUGUUAUUGCUAACGUUUUUGGCCGUUUUCAAUGAAGUGUUCACGAUUGAUGAGACUCAUUGCCGGUUUGAUGGGAUUUACAAUGCGCCCUGGAAAGAAUGCGAAUGCAUUCCAGUGGGAAAAGACUCAACAAUACACGUGAUGUGCAAGCAAGUGGCCGCCGCCACUGUGCCCCCAUUGCCACAGGUGGAUGAGGAGUUGAAAAAUGAGAAUCAACAACCCGUAAACAUCCUCGCCCUAUCGUUGACUGAUGGUGGUCUCAAAUUUCUUCAACAGGACAGCUUCAGAAGUCAAAAUAUUCAAACACUUGACUUUACGAACAAUCAGAUUCAAACGGUCAACGUCAAUGCUUUUCGUGGACUUGAGAUGAAGCUAUUCAAACUGAUUUUAACACAAAACAACAUAUCUGUUAUUCCUUCUUGGGCUCUAACUUACUUGCACCAAUUACAAUUUUUGCAUUUGGAGAACAAUCGGAUAGCGACGAUUCGCGCGAAUACUUUUGAUGAGACUCAAAUGAACAAUUUACAAUUUUUGCAUCUUGACAACAAUUUGAUAACCGAUAUUCCCAACUUAGCAUUCAAUCGUUUACGAUUGAUUGUGCUUACUUUGUCAAAUAAUCGGAUAGCUACCAUUGAGAAGCUUUCACUCCCACCGACGCUCGGCUAUCUUGAUUUGAGGAACAAUUUGAUAUCUCAGAUACCAUAUUUGGCUUUGAAAGAUGUCACGAAUUUGAAGGCUCUAAAUCUUGAAGGGAACAAUAUUACCAAGCUUGAAACCGAUUUGGAAGUGAUCUUUAAAAAUGAACUUAAACUGGUGCUACGGAACAACAAAAUCAAGCGGUUAUCAAAUGGGAGCUUUAAGAGCUUUCAAAAAUUCACAGAGCUGGAUUUGAGCUACAACCAGAUUCACACAAUUGCCCCAAUGGUAUUUGACGGUAUCGGCCAAAUCAAGGAGCUCGAUUUGAGCUACAAUCGAUUAGCCUACAUUCCCGACGGAGUUUUUGUUAAUCUGGCAAAGACUAUAAACAAGCUGAACUUGGAAGAGAACAUUUUGCAUACACUACCAAAAGCCAUGGGUGAACUUCGAGAGUUGACUCAUUUGAAUCUGUGUGGAAACAAAUUGAAUAAAAUCGAAAACUUUGCCAUUUUGGGAAGCAAAAGAACUCUUCUGGAACUUCGUCUGGCCUACAAUCAUUUGCGAGAGGUUCCGACUGAUGUUUUGACUGGAAUGGAAAGACUACAACAACUUGACUUGAGCAAAAACAAAAUCGAAACGCUUGAGAAAUUAGCUUUUGGAACUUUCGAUGGUACCGGCACUAGUCUGAUGUUUCUGAACUUAGCGGGAAAUCAAAUCAAAGUGAUCAAUGACCCGGCGGUAUUUUUAUACAUGUCCUCAUUGGCUUAUUUGGAUUUGAGUUUAAACCAGAUAAAGCUCAUUGGUGAACAAGCCUUUGACAAACUUCCGGCGUUGGAAACUCUAUUUUUGCAGAAUAACAAAUUGACGACGUUUCCGGUAAAUGCUUUAGCAAAGAUGCAGAAACUACGAAAUUUGGUUCUGGAUGGAAAUCACCUUACAACUCUCCCCGAUUACUUUCUUGGUCAACUUAUUAAAAUCGAGAGAUUUUCAAUGUCGCGAAAUGAUCUCUCCAUUGUCGGCGAAAAAACUUUUCAUCCUAGUAGCAAUCGUGAGUUGAAAUUGAUCAACUUGGAAAACAAUGCAAUCAUCAUUUUGCAAAGCCGAGCCUUUGCUCAAUUGGAGAAUCUACAACAGAUCUUACUUUCUGGGAAUCGGUUGCAGGCACUUGAGUCUUUCUCUUUUGUGGAUAUGCGAAAUCUGAAACAAAUCGAUCUUACUGGCAAUCAAAUCGUCGUCAUUUCCUCAUACACUUUUGUUAACCUUCCCCAAUUGGAACGGUUAUCGUUAUCGCAUAAUUAUAUCGACAACAUGGAACGCGACAUUUUCAGCAAAGUUCCAAAAAUUGAGUACCUCGACUUGAGUCACAACAAACUGAAAAGGUUGACAUGCGAUCAAUUGAGUCACAUUAACACGAUUCAUCACUUGAACAUUGCGAGAAACGAGCUGAACAGCAUUGAUCUGACGUGUGUCAAACGGAGUCUACAAAGUCUGGAUCUUGCUUUCAAUGAGUUACAGACUUUGCCAAAAGAGGUGAUGCAAGAUUUCGAUGAAUUGAAAAAUCUCUCGUUGAGACACAACGGAAUACUCGAGAUUCCUGGACAUGCUUUUUCGACAUGUCAGAAACUUGAAUACUUGGAUCUAGCAAAAAACCACAUCCGGUACAUCUGGAAAGGAACCUUUUCAAACCAGAAACGCUUUAAACGAAUCGAUUUGAGCAGCAAUGUGCUCGAAGGGUUGCAGCACGGCGUCUUCGGAAGGGACAACGUUUAUGAGCUAGAUUUAUCAGAAAACGAGAUACAAAAAGUGCCCAUCAAUGCCUUGGAAACAAUCGCUAAUAGUCUCAGCUAUUUAAAUUUGAAAAGGAACAAAAUUGGAUCUAUUGAUGCCUCACAAUUCAUUGGUCUCAAAAAUCUUUCAACGUUGAUUCUCUCUGACAAUGUGAUCGAAUCAAUUGAGAUAGCGGCUUUCGAGCAUUUGCCGAGUUUGAGGUUUUUGGAUCUCAGUCACAACCCAAUCACGACUUGGCAUCCUCAAGCUUUUGCGGAGCUGAGCCACUCGAUUAGUCUGCUCAAUCUAGCAGACACUGGCUUGUUCUCGGUUCCUAAAGUCAGUCACCGAUCACUUCGACAUCUCAACAUCAGCCACAACAAGAUCUACGACAUUCAAAAAAAGGAUCUAGCACCAUUUGCUAAAUUGGACACACUUGACAUCUCCUACAACAAUGUCCAUGCUCUUGAUUCAAAUCUGUUCGUCGACCUAACUGGGCUAAAAGAGCUAAAUAUUUCUGGAAACAAAAUCACCCAACUAACAAAGGAACAGUUCAAGAACUUGCACCAGCUCGAAGUUCUAUACGCUUCAUCAUUGCCAUCUUUAACGAAGCUUCCAGACCCGGAUGCAUACGCGCAUUUAGCCCACUUGAAGGAAUUAGUGUUACUUAAUCUACCAAAUGCUGUGAGAAACUAUAACGUAUCAUUGAUGUUGGGCUACUUGCCGCCUCUUCGGAUACUACGAAUCGAAAUCAAAGAAGAGGUUUUGGACACUCAAUUGAGAAAAGCCGAUUUGAGAAUGUUGAGAGAGUUGUCUGUAACUGGAAAUCGUCUUAAACAUAUUGCGGUGGGAGCUCUAGAAGGCUUACGAGGUCUACAUUUUCAUUUGCAAAUUUACGACUCGGCUUUGGAAUCUUUCCCAUCGUCCCUCUUUAACACUCUAUCUGGGAUUCAUUUUCUCGCUCUAUCUCUACCCAAUAAUCGAAUCACCACUAUUGAUCCUUUCAAAUUCUCCCAAUUGCCUAUCAUUAAUCAACAUGGAACGGUGCUGAAGUCGAUCUAUCUCCGGGAUAAUCCACUACGAUGUGAUUGUGGCCUUUAUUGGAUUUCUGGUUGGAUAAAGCACAUUCAAUCGCUCAAAGGGUCACUGAAUGUUGAAAUUGACAUUCUCACACUCGGGGAAACUUAUUGCCGAGGAAAUCCAUCAUCGUUAUCCCUAUUCGAGAUGCAACUG